UAUGUUAAAAAUGGUGAUGGGACAACUGUCUACUGUCAAAUAUGAAUUAUCAAUGAAAAUAAAAAAUUGCAGCAAGUGUAGUUUGCUUAUGCCGUGUAUCAUCUUUGUUUUUUUAUUAAAUUAUUACAAUUAUAAUGUCCGAAAAGGACUAUGCUCCGCUCAGCAUAGCCUGCGUUCGCGGGCUGUGUGAUAAAUUGUAUGACAAGAGGAAAUUCGCUGGCGUUGAAAUUGAAAAGAUGGUGAAAGACUUCAGCGACGCUAAAAACACGAGUCAGAUAAAGCGCCUAAUCCGGGUGUUGGGACAGGACCUGAUGUCGUCGACUAACCCGAACGUGAAGAAUGGUGCCCUCAUGGGACUCUCCUCCGUAGCCGUCGGGUUGGGGAAGAGCUGCAUAGACUAUCUGCCGGAGCUGACACAUCCGAUUGUGGCGUGCUUCAGCGAGAGCGAAUCGCGCGUGCGCUACCAAGCGGCUGAGGCGCUAUUCAAUGUGCUCAAAAUAGCACGGGAAGCCUCGCUCAGCCAGUUCCCAGCCGUGUUCGACGCCCUGGCGAGGCUCUCUGCCGACCCUGAACCACAGGUCAAACAUGCUGCAGAGCUACUUGAUCGCUUGUUGAAGGACAUAGUGACCGAGAGCGCGUCGUUCGAGCUGUCGUCGUUCGUGCCGAUGCUGCGCGAGCGCAUGUACACGCGCAACGCGUUCGCACGACAGCUGGUUGUGUCGUGGGUGUCGGUACUGGAUGCGGUGCCCGAUAUACAUCUGCUGCCGCAUUUGCCAGACCUGCUUGACCCGCUGUUCAAAAUGCUCGACGAUCCCAACCCGGAGAUACGUAGAAUGUGUGACGUGCAACUUAAUGAGUUCUUGCGCAGUAUAAAGAAGGAUCCUUCAAAUGUGGACUUCCAGGGAAUGAUUAACAUCCUCAUCUUGCAUGCGCAGUCACCUGAAGAGUUGUUGCAGUUGACAGCGAUCACGUGGAUCAAGGAGUUCGUGGAGCUGGCGGGCGCGAGCAUGUUGCCGUACGCGUCCGGUAUCCUGUGCGCCGUGCUGCCCUGCCUCGCCUACUCCGACGAGCCGCGCAAGAGUAUUAGGGAAACAGCAGCUACUGUGAACUUCCAGCUGACAAAGCUGGUGGUAUCAGACACCUCGCCUCAGACUACACCACUCCCCUCUCAAGAGGGUGAGGCAGGCGGAGAGGCCGGAGAGGUGACGAAGCGCUUGAACCUGGACGCAGUGGUGGGCAUCCUCACGCAGAUGCUACAUCACAGUUCCGUGCACACGAAGGUCGCCGCGCUCGAUUGGAUCCUACAUCUCUAUAAUAAACUGCCUAGAGAGAUGUACGGCGAGACGGAGGCGGUGUUCGUGUGCGUGGUGGGGAGCCUGACGGACGGCGCGGACGAGGUGGUGCGGCGCGCGCUGGCCGUGCUGGCCGAGAUCUGCGAGUGCUCGCCCGCGCAGCCAGGCGACCUAGAAUCCAGUCCGUAUUAUUACAAGUUCCUGCAAGCGUUGCUCAGGCUUCUGGCCGCAGAUGAAAACUUACUUGAAGAUAGAGGUGCUUUUAUAAUUAGACAGCUGUGCGUGCUGUUAAACGCGGAGGACAUCUACCGAGCGGUGUCUCGCAUCUUGCAACAGGAGCGGAAUCUACGCUUCGUAGCGACCAUGGUGGACGUGCUUAAUACCAUCCUACUCACUUCCGCAGAGCUAUACGACCUGCGGUUGCAGCUGCGCAACUUUAAUAAACCAGCGACGCACUCGCUGUUCCUGUCGCUGUACGGGUGCUGGUGCCACAGCCCCGUGUCGCUGCUGGCGCUGUGCCUGCUCACGCACAACUACGAGCACUGCAACACGCUCAUAUCGCUCUUUGGCGAUCUUGAGAUCACAGUGGACUUUCUGACUGAAGUGGACAAAUUAGUACAACUCAUUGAAUCGCCUAUAUUUGCUUACCUGCGCCUCGAGCUGCUGUGGGGCGCGGACAGCGAGGCGCUGCGCGGCGCGCUGUUCGGCCUGCUCAUGCUGCUGCCGCAGAGCGACGCCUUCCGCACGCUGCGCGACCGCCUGCACUGCGUGCCCGCGCACCCCGCGCACCCCGCGCGCCCCGCGCACCCCGCGCGCCCCGCGCACCCCGCGCAGCCGCCGCCCGCGCCGCACGUGGACUUCGCGACGCUGCUGGAGGAGUUCCAGCGCGUGCAGGCGGCGCACCGCGCGUACAAGCUCGUGGACCGGAGUCGCGGCAAGCUGCUCGACAAGGGCUACGAGUAGCGCCGCCCAGACACUCCGCGGUGUUACAACUACCCGCAUGCACUUUGGCAAUCUCAUCUUUUGUUUGAAGGACCAUUUUAAACCGAUUCGAAAUGAACGGUGCUUUGCGAUUGCCGCCUUCCUACGUCUCAAAUGUGAAAAUAGUGCAUUACUAUUGAUUAUCAGUUACGCGUGGAAUAUUUGCAGAUCUAAAUAUUUAUCCGAAUUGAUAUUCACAAGAUCUCAAACUAUUUAUAGUGACUUAUUCGCAUGCGGGUAUAACUGUACAUGUAGCAGGUAGGGCAGCGUCUGAUACUGUCCGAGUCUACGGCCGAGGUGUAUAAAACUAACUGCGUUUGUUUAAAUAAAAAUAGAAAAAAAAAUUUAAACCAUGAUUUUAUAUGAAAAAUCAAUAUAUUGUAAUUUAAUGUUGCAUUGCUGACAUUGGUGACAUUAUAAGAGACCCACGUGUGGACACCACGGGUGCUUUGCACUGUAAUCACUUGAAAUUAUUUUUACUAAGUUAUUGUAAUUGCACACAAAAAGGAGGAUCUAAUUCUUAAUAUUUUUUUACUUAUGUAAUAGGGAAUGGACUCGAAUGAAGUCAGCUUUAUAGAUCUAAGCCAAACACCGAACAAUCAGAAGCAGCUCUAUUUUUUAUUUUUGACAAAAUACAAGGAUCAUAAUAUCGUUAUAGAGCUGCUUUUGAAUGUGAGUUUUAUUGAAAAAUAUUAUUAUAAUUUGUACAUACUUUAUGUAACAAUAUCGCAUUCCAAAUGAAAUUUGACUAAGAACAACCAAAUGUAUAUAUGUUUCUGAAUAUAUGCUAUUGCUGUUUAUAAUGUU